AUGUGGACUCUCGGCCGCCGCGCAGCCGCCGGCUUCCUACUCUGGCCGUCGUCCCCCAGCCCGGCCCAGGCCCAGACCGUCACCCGGGCCCCGCGGCUUGGGGAGUUGGCCCAGCUCUGCGCCCGCCGCGGCCUGCCCACCGGAAUCGCAGAGGCCUGCGCGUCCCGCCACGCCAGUUUGAAUCUUCGUGGCCUCAACCAGAUUCAGAAUGUCAAAAAGCAGAGUGUCUAUUUGAUGAAUUUGAGGAAAACGGGAACUUUGGGUCACCCAGGCUCUCUAGAUGAGACCACCUAUGAAAGACUAGCAGAGGAAACGCUGGACUCCUUAGUAGAGUUUUUUGAAGACCUUGCAGACAAGCCAUACACAUUUGAAGACUAUGAUGUUUCCUUUGGGAGUGGUGUCUUAACUGUUAAACUGGGUGGAGAUCUAGGAACUUACGUGAUCAACAAGCAGACGCCAAACAAGCAAAUCUGGCUAUCUUCUCCAUCCAGUAGACCCAAGCGUUAUGACUGGACUGGGAAAAACUGGGUAUACUCCCACGACGGCGUGUCCCUCCAUGAGCUGCUGGCCACAGAGCUCACUAAAGCCUUAAAAACCAAACUGGACUUGUCUUCAUUGGCCUAUUCCGGAAAAGAUGCUUGAUGCC